AUGUCCUGGGGCGUCAUCGGCGUCAAGCACAAGAACGGCACCUACGAGUGCCACAAGUACAACGUGACGGCCAUGACCAAGUCCCGGCGCUGCCCGCUCGUGCCGGCCGACGUCGGGGUGGAGUUCAGCCGCUGCGAAAUGUAUUACGACCCGGGGCUCGAGUACCACCUGAUCGUGACGGCGGUGGUGCUGCCGGAGAAGAAGUUCAACAGCUCCGAGACCUAUGUUGUGUGGCAGAUUGGGGAGGAGAUCAAUGGAAACGAGCCGUUGAUGCACCCUAAAUCCAUCAACAACUUCGACAGCACUGAGACUAUUGAUCUCGACUCCACUCAAAUAAUUAGUUACACUCGCCAUCAACGUAGUAGACUAAGAAUAGUUCACGGAAUUGUGAACAUAGUGGGAUGGGGGACGCUACUGCCGAGUGGUGUGAUAGUGUCAAGAUACAUGAGGAUAUUCCCAAAGCCGUGUAAGAACUGGUACGACAUCCACGUCACCUGCCAGACCUCCGGCUACAUCAUCGGUUCCGCCGGGUGGGCCCUCGGCUUAUGGCUCGGAAAGGCUUCCCAUAACUACAAGUUCAACAUCCAUAAUACUGCCGGACUAUUAAUCUUUAUCUUCGCAACCAUACAGAUGUUGGCGUGGAGGUUGAGGCCCCACCCCUCCUAUGGCUACAGGAUGUAUUGGAAUAUGUAUCAUCAUUUUCUUGGGUAUUCCAUUUUGGCGUUGGUAUUUUUCAACAUAUUUUUGGGGAUUAAGAUUUUGAAGCCAGAGCAUGUCUGGAAAUGGGCUUAUAUUGGAGUUCUUGGAGCCUUGGGAUCUCUGGCUCUUGCUUUUGAAUUCUUCGGUAGGAUUAAGUUUCUUACACAAAACAGCUCGUCCAAACAAGGAUGA